ACGAACUGACGCAUAUUGCACCCAUCCCACGCCUAGCACGGUCCCAGCCUAUUCCCACGUGGUUUGAUUUGUGCGAGCAACACAGUUUCGUGGAAUCGUGGGUCACUUUGUUUACGUUUUUCAAUUCAAAAUGGAGAAAUUGAUCGAACUCGUUCGGGAGAAUCCUGUGUUGUAUGACACUUCACAUGAGGAUUAUAUGAGAACAAAAUUAAAAAAUGAGUUGUGGGAGAAGAUAGCCAGAGAUUUAAAUUAUACAAGUGGCAAGGAUGCUAAAGAACAAUGGCGGAAGCUAAGAGAGUGUCAUCGUGAAGCUAUCCGAAGGCAACAAAAGAAAAGUGGACAACAAACAACCACUACGAAACCAUGGACCUAUCAAAAACAAAUGGAUUUUUUAAAACCAUACAUGAAAAACAGACUCACUGCUGGAUGUCCCAGCACCUCAGCUCCUGAUGACAGCCAGGUAGAAGAAGAAGAUGUACUCUCUGCUGAUCCACCAAGUGUUCAAUCAGAUUUUGAAACAGAUCAAUCCAUGGAUACACCCACUUCAAAAAAAGCGAAAAAAUCUGGUGAUCCUCUAUUGAGAAAAUACAUCGAAGAUGGUGAGAAAAGAGCUAAGAGUCGGGAAGAAUUACGUCAAAAACUAAUAGCUCAAUCUCAGCAAGAAGCAGUGUUACAAAAUGAUGCUCUACAUCUUUUUUUUAUGUCAAUGUACAAUGUAACAAAAAAUCUUCCUACCAAAUUUCAAAGGCAAGUCAGAAGAAAAGUUUUUGAUGUCGUCUCACAAGCAGAAGAUGAUGCUGAGCAAGAGAUAGAGAAUCAUAGAAUUAAUUCAUCAACCUCCAGUACUAGUGGACUAUCUGUGGUGACACAACAAUACCCUGAAUUCUUUACUCUACAUCAGAAUCCAUCAUUGAUUCGUCCUGUAGAAGCAAAUGAAGAGGAUCUAGAAACAAACAUUGGGGAAGAAGAAGAUAAUUUACCAAGAGCAUUCCUUACUUUGUAA